UUCAUGAUUAGCACUGUUGACGGGUAAAACUCAACUAUAAAGCAACAGUUAAUUAUGGAAAACCUUCCAUUAUCUUUGUAAAAAUGAAAAACCAACAAAACAGAGGAGAAAAAGAAAAAACAAAAAAAUGGCGACACCCACGUUGUUUCAUCGUCAUUCGUCACCAACCUCAUCAACUGUCUCUAUCUCUUUCUUUUUUCUAUUAUUCACUUCAACCUCAAACAACCCACCCUUUCAUUUCCACUUCAAUCCCAUGUCAACAAACAAGAGGAGCAGAAAACGAGGAGGAAGAAGACGAUAACAACCAAGACCCGCCGCCAGCCAUGCAAAUCCUCAGAACCACAGUGUUUCUCCUCCUUGCUUCCGCCAUUUCCACAUCUGGGUUCGGCUCAAUGGGCCCCAUCUCCGCCGCAUUCGGCGACGACGGGUUCUUCUGCGCCAUUGAUGCCAGUGGGAAACAGGAAGUCAUAUGUUGGAGCAAAAACAACAGCUCUCCUUCUUCAUCUACUUAUACUAGUACUAGUACUACUAUAACUACUACUUCAUCUGCUUCAACUUCACUAUCAUCGAUGGACACCCCUUCUCAAGUUCCUCCAAUGGCAGCUCUAUCAGGCGGCGAAGGUUUCCUUUGUGGCAUAUUAGCUAAUACUUCUCAAGUUUUCUGUUGGAGCUUGGUGGCGUCAGGUAUGGAUCUUGUUCCUUCAGAUUACAAAACCACAGCAUAUUCUUAUAUAGCUUCUGGAAGGAAUCAUGUUUGUGGAAUUAGAGGGGCUUAUUAUUCCGAUCAUGGAUCUGGUACCGUUGAUUGUUGGGAAAUUGUAAAAAGUUCUAAUAAUACUUUAAGUUCAAAACAGAGUACUCUGUUUUAUAAUGAGACUAUCAAUAACCUUGCCUUCAAAAAGAUUGUUUCUGGUGAGGGGUUUAGUUGUGGUGGGAUUAGAGAAGGAGGUCUUGUUUGUUGGGGACCAAAUUCUGAUUCUUUACGGGUUUCCAAUGUUUCCGAGAGUUUUUUAGUUUUAGCCUCAGCUAAAGGUUCUAUCUGUGGUAUCCUGGAUUCAUCUCGUGAAGUGAAAUGCUGGGGUGAUUCUGAUUCAUUUUCCGGUUGUCCAAUCGGGGUCCAUUUCAUAUCAUUGACAGCUGGCGCUUAUCAUUUUUGUGGGAUUCGAGAGGAUGAUCAUGGGGUUGAAUGUUGGGGCAGUUUCAAUUUUUCUUCAGUUCCGAAGCAUUCUGGAUUCAUGGCACUUGCUUCAUCAGACGUCACUACAUGCGGCAUAAGGGAAGAUGAUUUAGUUCUAGAUUGUUGGUCCAGAUAUGCCACAUUGCAGCCUGAUUAUAAUCCUCCACUGGAAUUGUGCAGCCCCGGUCUUUGUCGUCCGACCUCUUGCCUUGAAGGGGAGUUUGCUUUCAACGCAAGUAACCUAAACGAGCCGGAUUUGACUAGCUUGUGUGUUAGGAAAGAUUUGCAUAUUUGUUCACCUUGUGCAUCAAAUUGCUCUGCAGGUUUCUUCUUGUCUAGUCCAUGCUCUACGAAUGCCGACAGAAUAUGCACUGCUUGCUCUCUUUGCCAAAACAGUUCUUGUUGGGAUGUUUGUGGACUCCAACCAUCCUCAGAGAAAAACUGGCAUCAUAUGAUUAGACUAGCAAUAAUAGUUGCUUCUUGUGUUUCUUGUUUUUUGCUGAUAUUGCUUAGUUGGUGUUUUCUUCCACGUAUGUUUGCGACAAAACCGGAAGAAGGGACAAAAAAACAGUUCAAGUCUUGCAUAGGAAAACCAGACCAGUUGGAUGGCGAAGCCACUGCUGAUUUAUUCCCUUCUGUUUCAGUCACUUCUUGUCCUGGAACAGCUCAAAUUUUCCGACUUACGGAGCUAAAAGAUGCCACUAAUGGGUUCAAGGAGUUCAAUGUGCUUGGUAGGGGAAGUUACGGUUUUGUUUACAAGGCAGUGCUAGCGGAUGGGAGGCAAGUUGCUGUCAAGAGAGCGAAUGCUGCGACAAUAAUCCACACCAACAGUCGUGACUUCGAGAUGGAACUUGAAAUCCUUUGCAAUGCGAGGCAUUGCAAUAUUGUGAAUUUGUUAGGUUACUGUUCCGAGAUGGGGGAAAGGCUGCUCGUUUAUGAAUAUAUGCCUCAUGGUACCCUUCAUGACCACCUUCAUGGUGGGCUUUCUCCUUUGAGUUGGAGCCUUCGUUUGAAGAUCUCAUUGCAGGCUGCGAGGGGACUUGAGUACCUGCAUAAGGAAGUUGAGCCUCCAAUUGUCCACCGUGAUGUCAAGACUUCAAACAUUCUACUGGACUCAGAUUGGGGAGCACGGAUAGCGGAUUUCGGACUUUUUACAUCAAGCGAGAAGGAUCUUGAUCUUAGUGGAGACAUGAAAAGUGAUGUUUACAGAUUUGGGAUUGUUUUGUUGGAGAUUCUCAGUGGAAGGAAAGCUUAUGAUAGAGAUUAUACACCUGCAAGCAUCGUUGAUUGGGCAGUUCCCUUAAUUAAACAGGGUAAGGCAGCUGCCAUUAUCGAUUGUUACGUUGCGCUUCCGAGAAAUGUUGAGCCUUUGCUUAAAUUGGCUGAUAUAGCUGAGUUGGCUGUCAGAGAAGAUCCUAGUGAACGUCCUACUAUGUCAGAUAUAGUAAUUUUGUUGCAGCAAAUUGUGAAGGAUGGAUUGCUCUUAUGAUCUUCGCCCCCUAUUAUUCAUUUUUAUUUUUUCUUAAAACCAAAUGAACAGAUUAGCAAAAUGCAUAGGUAGUUUGGAAACUGUAAAUCAGCUUCUUGUACAUUAGAAUGAGAUGCAAUGUAUUACUAAAUUUCCAUAAAGUGAAGAAGAUUUGAUUCUCUUUUUAUGAAAAUAA